CCCAUAUCAUCACUUCUACAGAAGAUUAGGCAACGAAAAUUAGAGGUUUCAAAAAAAACUUCUAUUGUUGAUGUUGACGAUGAUCCCCCUUCGAAAGAGGUAUUGUUGGAGCUUGAAUCUGAAGACAUAGUUGUUGAGGGAAGAGAGGGUGGAAUUGCUGGUCUGAAUAUUUUGGAGGUGUCAUGUGCUGAUAGACCAGAGAAUGUUGCAAAUCACUCCAGUCAUGUUGAUAUUCCACCUGAGAUGGCUGUGGAUGAGGCACCCAAACAAGCAUUUAGACUGCCUGUUGAUGAUACUGAGGAUUUAUUUUCUGAGUCCCAAACAAGUGACUCCAAAGAUGAGCACCCCAACAGCCCUGUGGAAGUUCUGGCACCAUCUGUACUUGCUAUGAACUUAAAGUUUGACUCUGCUCCUCCUGAUGACAU